AUGUUCAAGAACACAUGCAGCGAGAGGCACUCCUACAGCCACGGCAAAAUCUAUUGGAUGUUAUUAAACAAGAGGAAUAAUGAGAGCCUUUAUGAAACCAACUCCACCUUUGCUUCUGUGACUGUCACUGGUUUGGUCCCAUAUUCCUACCGCGCAAUGAUUAAUCAUUGCGUGCUAGGAAUAUGGGACCAAAUACUAAACUUUGUAUUACUUUAUUACACAUAUAAGUGAAUUUGUCCAAAUAAUUUUGGCUCCCUAAAAUGGAGGGUGUGGUGAAUAAUGGACGGAGUCAGGCGCAGGAGUAAAAUCACGAAAUGCAGAGUUUUAAUCCUUACAGCAGUUGAAUGCGCUAACAGCGCCACUCGAAACAGGUAAAGGGGAAAACAAUCCAACCUGAACAAACACAGUCUCGGAAAAUACAACAACCGUAAUGAAAAGGGGAAAAUCAACUCUGGCACAAAAUACAUGAGCGAGUAUCUCAACAAGCUACUCUCUUUCCACAAUGAACAAUCACUCACAAAGACAAGGGGACAGAGGGAACACUUAUACCCAUACUAAUUAGGGGAAUGAGCACCAGGUGUGUGUGAUUGACAAGACAAGACAUGACAAGUGGAGUGAUGAGAAAAGGAGCGGCAGUAGCUAGUAAUCCGGUGACGACGAAAGCCGAAACCAGGCCGAAAAGGAAGGGAGGCAGCCUCGGCGGAAGUCGUGACAGUACCCCCCCCUUGACGCGCAGCUCCAGCAGCGCGCCGACCCCGGGCGAGUUGGAGCUGGGCGAGUCGGAUGGCGACGGUGGAAAUCCCUCAAUAGGGAGGGAUCGAGGAUGUCCCUCCUUGGGACCCAGCACCGUUCCUCCGGACCGUACCCCUCCCACUCCACGAGAUACUGAAGGCCCCCCACCCGACGGCUCGAAUCCAGGAUGGAAUGGACCGAGUAUGCCGGGGUCCCCUCAAUGUCCAGAGGAGGUGGAGGAACCUCCCACACCUCAGACUCCUGGAGCGGACCAGCUACCACCGGCCUGAGGAGAGACACAUGAAACGAGGGGUUCAUACGUUAAUCAGGGGGGAGUAACAACCUGUAUGUGACCUCGUUUAUCCUCCUCAGGACUUUAAACGGCCCCACAAACCUGCGGGGGGGCAGAUUCCGGGUCGAGAGCCAGACCCGAUCCCCCGGUAGGAAGACCGGGGCCUCCCUGCGGUGGUGGUCAGCGUUAGCCUUCUGACGACGCACGGCGCACUGGAGGUGAACGUGGGCAGAGUCCCAAGUCUCCUCCGUGCGCCGAAACCAGUCAUCCACCGCAGGAGCCUCGGUCUGGCUCUGGUGCCACGGUGCCAGGACCGGUUGGUAACCUAAAACACAUUCGAAGGGUGUUAGGUUAGUGGAGUAGUGGCGGAGAGAGUUCUGAGCAUAUUCUGCCCAUGGCAGGAACUCUGACCACUCCCCCGGCCGGUCCUGACAGUAGGUCCACAGGAACCUACCCACAUCUUGAUUCACCCUUUCUCCCUGCCCAUUACUCUCGGGGUGAAAUCCAGAGGUCAGGCUGACCGAGACCCCCAGACGUUCCAUGAACGCCUUCCAGACCCUAGACAUGAACUGCGGACCUCGGUCGGACACUAUAUCCUCUGGUACCCCGUAGUGCCGGAAGACGUGACUAAACAGUCCCUCCGCAGUUUGUAGGGCCGUGGGGAGACCGGGCAGUGGAAGGAGGCGGCAGGACUUCGAAAAGCAGUCCACAAUGACCAGGAUAGUGGUGUUACCUUGGGAGAGGGGAAGAUCAGUAAGAAAAGCAAUACUAAGGUGAGACCAUGGUCGUUGUGGAUCUGGUAAAGGUUGUAGCUUACCCGCUGGGAGGUGCCUAGGUGCCUUACUCUGGGCGCACACUAAGCAGGAGGAAACAUACACCCUCACAUCCUUAGCCAAGGUAGGCCACCAGUACUUCUUGGUCAGGCAGCGCACUGUACGACCGAUACCUGGGUGACGUGUGUGCCCAGUAGAUCAGACGAUCACGGAUAAGCGCAGGCACAUACUGCAGCCCAGCUGGACACUGCGGUGGAGAUGGAUCUGUGCGUAAUGCCUGUGCUAUAUCCGCGUCCAUCGCCCAUACUACUGGCGCCACAAUGCAUGAGGCCGGGAGUAUGGGGGUGUUGUCUCUGGGCCUCUCCUCUGUGUCAUACAGCCGAGACAGUGUGUCUGCCUUCACGUUCUUCAUACCCGGAAUGUAUGAGAGUGUGAAAUCAAACCGGGUGAAGAAGAGGGCCCACCUGGCCUGGCGAGGAUUCAGCCUCCUCGCUGCCCGAAUGUACUCCAGGUUACGGUGGUCUGUCCAGACGAGGAAAGGAUGUUUCGCCCCUUCGAGCCAAUGCCUCCACACCGUCAAAGCUCGUACAACAGCCAGCAGCUCCCGAUCACUAACACCGUAGUUCUGCUCCGCCGAGCUGAGCUUCUUAGAAAAUAAGGCACAGGGGCGGAGCUAGGGUGGUGUGCCCGAGCAUUGGGAUAAGACAGCAUCUAUCCCUACCUCGGACGCAUCCACCUCCACUACGAACGCUAGUGAUGGAUCGGGGUGGGCCAGUACCGGGGCUGAGGUGAACAGACCCCGCAGUCUACUGAAGGCCAAGUCAGCCUCAGCAGACCAGUGGAGCCUGGACGGCCCACCCUUCAACAAGGAGGUAAUGUGAGCUGCAACCUUGCCAAAGCCCCGAAUAAACCUCCGAUAGUAGUUGGCAAAGCCCAGGAAGCGCUGCACCUCCUUCACCAUGGUUGGAGUUGGCCAAUUACGCACGGCUGAAAUGCGGUCUCCCUCCAUCUCCACACCUGUGGUAGUAAUGCGGUAUCCGAGGAAGGAGAUUGACUGCUGGAAAAACUCACACUUUUCUGCCUUGGCAUAAAGGUCAUUCUCCAGAAGUCAGACCAGUACCGUGCGAACCAGGGACACAUGCUCGGCGCACGUAGCGGAAUACACCAGGAUGUCAUCGAUGUAGACCACCACACCGCGACCAAGCAUGUCCCGAAACACCUCGUUCACAAAGGACUGGAAAACGGAUGGAGCUUUCAUCAAACCGUAGGGCAUCACCAGGUAUUCAUUAUGCCCCGAGGUUGUACUGAAUGCUGUUUUCCACUCAUCCCCUUCCCAAAUACUUACCAGGUUGUAAGCACUCCUGAGAUCUAAUUUGGUGAAGAAGGGGGCCCCAUGCAUUGACUCAAUCACUGAAGGAAUGAGGGAAAUAGGAUAACUAAAUCGUACAGUCACCUUGUUCAGUGGUCGAUAAUCAAUGCACGGGUGUAAACUGCCAUCUUUCUUCUUCACAAAGAAGGAACUCGAGGAAGCAGGUGAAGUGGAGGGACGUAUAUACCCCUGGCCCAGGGACUCAGUGACUUAUUUAUCCAUAGCCUCCGUUUCUGCCCGCGACAGGUGAUACACAUGACUCCUGGGAGGUACAGCGUCUACCCGAAGGUUUAUCGCGCAAUCCCCCUCCCGAUGAGGUGGUAAUUUAGUCGCCUGCGUCUUGGAAAACGCGAGCGCCAGAUCAUGGUAUUUGGGGGGAAUGCGCACGGUGGGGGUACCGUCUGGACUCUCCACAGUGGUGGCACCAACCGAAACACCUAGACACCUACCCGGACACUCACACGACCACCCCAUAAGAACCCUCUGCGUCCAUGAGAAAUUGUGGUUGUGAAGGGCUAACCACAGGAUACCUAAAACUACAGAGUAAGCAGGAGACUCAAUAGUCAAAAAAGUGAUCUGCUCAACAUGAGUCUCCUGGGUAAUCAUGGUGACGGGUACAGUAACCUCCUUAACCAACCCGGACCCUAAUGGUCGACUAUCAAGGGCUCUGAUGGGGAGUGGAAUGGAUAGGGGAACCAAUGAAAUGCCUUGAUGGAGUUUUCUACCUGGUCAUACACUGUCAAGUCAAAUAUGCCAAGGUACAUCACUCAUCUUUUAAUGUUAUGUUGUCUGUGUUUUGUUUGUUGCUCAGUGCAAUGCAAUGUGCUAUUUUCCUAGACUAGUCAAAGUUAAUGUGACUUAGAUUUUAUACAAAAUAAAAGCAUAACUAGAAGUUUGUCUACCACUCAAAUCUUUGUGUUUCUUCUUUCUGUGUAAAUGUCCAGCAUGUAAUCGAUACAUCCAUGUACAAAGUCGCCCAGACAACCACUGUCACUACUACUGAAGUGGAGCCGUGUCUGUCUGCUGUGCUUUAG